AUGGAACAAGAACCAUGGUUAACAGAGGAGUUCCAGAAGAUACUGCUGUCAUCUGCCACAGAUAAUACUUCACUUCAGAAGGAUAUAGGGAAAUCCCGGAAUGAUUCUCAUCUAACGGACAAUAGAGCUUUGGAUGACACGUUUGAUCUCAAUUCUCAACCCAUUGAUAAAUGGGUUCCAUUCCUAAGAAAGUCCAUUGAAAAGGAUCAGCUUGUUCAGGUUAUUGGGGAGUUAGAAACAUCUAUUGAUGAUAACUUCCAAGGGCUAGAAUUACAAGUAAUACAAGAUUCUCAGAUCAAUGAUAAAUUGGAAAAGUCCAUCAAUGAAGUUUCUAAUAUUCAGACCUCAAUAGAACAAAAUUUGUCAUUAGAAGUUCAAAGAUUUCAAAAGCUGCUUACCCAAUCCACAAACGAGUUGAUUCUACAGAAACAAGUAUUUGUUAACAAUAAAAAGACGAGCCUGAAAAUCUCUGAAGCAAUAAUAUUGAUUUCUAAGAUUGUUAGAAUUCUAGAACUAUCCAGUAAAUGUCAGGAACUCAUUACGGAAAAGAAAUUUUUCAAAGCUUUACAAAAUUUAGACAAUUUAGAGAAACUGUACCUUCAAGAAUUCAAGAUAAAUUACAACUUCAAAUUUUUGAAAGAAAUUUAUGAUUCCAUUCCCUUCAUGAAAAAUGUUAUUAAAGAUGAAUGCGUAAAUUUGAUUAAAAGUUCUUUCAAUUCUAAUUUAGGUAAAAAUCUAACUGAAGCUGGUACCAAAAUUUUUGAACAUUACAGAGAUGAGAUUGUAAUUAGUUGGCUGGAGAAAAGGGAUAGUUUGCAUUUGAAUAAUUUUAAAUUUAACUCUCCAGUUGAAAUCUCGAUGAGAGAUCAAGCCACUACAGAAGAAAUGAAUAUUAACAAUUAUUUCAAUUUGAAUGAAUUAUAUGAUGCUAUCAUGAUUUUCAAGUCACUAAAUGAACUGGACGAUUUACUUGUUGAUUUUAACAGUGAAUACGAAUUUCGAAGAACAAAAAUUGUACAUCCAAUUACUUGGAAGAAGAACUUUGGUAAUGUGAGUUCAACACCAGGUGAUAUAUCACUAGAUGCAUUUGCUAAAAAUUUAACGUUGGAAUUUUUACAGGAAUAUCUUCUGAAAAUUUUAGGGUUUUUACUCUACGACUUAAACUUGAAUAAAUCUACUGAAUUUAUCCUUGUUAAUAAUAAUUAUAAUGCCACAAAUGAAUUUUGGGAUAAUUUAAUGAGAAGAUUACAACCCUAUUUGCAAUUAUACCUUCAAAGAGCUGUAGAAAAAGAGGAUGAGGAUAAUUUAAUUAAUUUUAAAGAUUUCCUGGGCAUUUAUAUUUCAAUUUUGGAAAAUUAUGAGUUGGAUAUCGGGCCGCUCUAUAAUAUUUUGAUUCACGACUUUUCUAAUUAUUGUGAAUUAUCAAUCAGUUCGAUGGAUAAGGAAUUCCAAAUACUAUUAAACGAUGAUGAUUUUAUGCCACUAUUGAUAAAUGAUCGUAAUUUAUGCAAUAAAGUUAUCAAGAUCUGUUGGAUGAAAGAAGCUGAUCUUAAAUUAAUUGAAAGUGUAAACGCUAAUCAAAACGAUGAAGAACAAUUCGUUGUAACCCUACCGUUCUCUCCUCUUUACCCAAUGACAUGUACUUUAGUGAAGAAAGUUUAUAGUAAAUUGGCCAGCUUUAUUUCCACAUUUUACCGUCAUGAUCUUCAUUCACUGAAUAAUAUUCUAGUGAAAACGAUUGAUUCUAUUUUUACAGAUGUUGUAAACAAUAAAAUAAGAUCUAAAUUAGAUAGCACGUCAAGAGAAGAAAUUUCCCAAAUUCUAAUCAAUUUGGACUAUUUUAUCAUAGCCACGAAAGAAUUCAGCAAUUAUAUGACUCUAGAGAAUAUUAUGCAAAGUCCUGACAUUGAAAUCAGUCUCAACUCGAUAAAGAGAUUCAAAGAAAGUAGAGCUUAUGCAGAGACCAAGUUAAUUGAGUUGAUUGACUCCAAAAUUUAUGAUAUAUUGGAGACAGUGGACUUGGAUUGGAGUUCGCACGAAAUACGACAAGAUCCUGAUAUUUCCAUUGUAGAUGUAGCUCAGUUUUUAGAAAUGAUGUUUGCAUCUACUUUGGUCAAUUUGCCUUACAGUGUUCAAACUCUAUUGAUUUUCAGAGAAUUUGAUUCUUUAACGAGAAACUUAAUUGAUUUACUAUUGCAUGGGACACCAGAUAGUAUCAGCCCCGAAAGUGUAUUGAAUUUCGAAACCGAUGUUAGAUAUCUACAAGAUAUAAUUCCAAAGAUUUUCCCGUCACUAAAAGAUGAAGUUGCGCCCUUAUCAUUGCCUGAAGCACAAAAUAUCAGACCAGCAACACCAACUACACCAAAUUUGAAUUCGAGUGAUCCUGCAUCAAUUGAGAAUAAUAUAAAAUCGCUGGAAGAAACUUUUAUCGAACUAAAUCAAUGUAUUGAACUGUUAAAAUCCAAGAAUUCCAGAGAAUUCGCCGAGCCAGAGGUAAGAUUGAGGAAAUAUUCUCGUAUCAAACCGGAAAAUGCUGCAUUACUGUUGAGUAAGAUAAGAAGAUCGCCAAGCCCCGGUUCAGAAUCUGAUUCACCAAAUGGUGGGAAUAAUGCUGAUUCAAGAAGCAAUUUCGACGGAGAAUCGAACGGAAAUGAAAGUAAAACGGACAGAUUUGCUAGAUUAUUUAGACGAUAG